AUGUCCAAAUGGCAAUCUGAGCGAAGCAUUCAUGAAAUGCUAAAAGAUACGCCGCCGUUGCGUGAAUCUAGUGAUUCUAUCACGUCUGGAACGGAAGCUAAAUUCCCCACUUCACGAUCUAUGCCAUUCCCUCCAGCUUAUGCACCUCCGGAUGUGUCCCAGAAUGGUGCAGCAGGAACAAGCACACUUUUACGUUCAGGCUCUACUAAACUAGAGUCAUUAAAGAACUGGGGAGUUUCAACAUAUAAAUGUACGAAACAACUACUAUAUGAAAAACUUGGCAAGAGUUCUAGAACAGUUGAUACAGAGCUGGAGGUGAAGAUUGAAGCGCUGCGGGAGACACAGCGCAGGUACAACGGGGUGCUGCGAUUGACCACAGCCUUGGCUGCACAAAUGACUGCAGCCUCCCACACACAGCGCGCUCUCGCCGAUGCCUUUGCAGAUCUCGCUCAGAAAUCACCCGAACUGCAGAACCAGUUCUUAUACAACGCGGACACGCAGCGCUCCUUGACACGCAACGGAGAUAUUUUGCUUGCAGCGUUGCAUUUCUUCAACAACUCACUAAACACGCUCACAAACAAGACCAUCGAGGACACUCUUCUUACUAUACGCCAGUACGAAGCUGCAAGGGUGGAGUACGACGCGUACCGCAGCGAGCUGGAGGCGAGCGGCGGCAGCCCGGGCGAGCUGCUGCUGGCCAGCAUCGAGCGCCACCGCCGCCACUACGAGCGCCUGCGCGACGACUCCGCCGUCAAGCUGCAGCUGUUGCACGAGAACCGGGUGAAGGUUAUGAACAAGCAGCUACUGCUAUUCCACAACGCGGUAUCCGCGUACUUCAGUGGCAACAACGUGGCGUUAGAAGCUGCCGUACGCCACUUCAGUGUGCCCGCCCCGCCCCUCGCUACGUCACACGCCCCGCCCCUCGCUACGUCACACGCCCCGCCCCUCGCUACGUCACACGCUCCGCCCCACGCUAUAUCACACGCGACGCCUAAUGCUACGUCACUCCCUACGCCUCACGCUACGUCACACGCUACGCCGCAUGCUACGUCCCACGCUACGUCGCAUGCUACGUCCCACGCUACACCGCACGCUCCACCGCUCUCCACGCCACCCUCAUAG